CUCGACCUUGUUUUUGCUGGGCGGUGUCUUGCGUCUAGGUUCCUCAUCCUCCUUGAACAUCUCAUUGUCUAAUUUUUGUCUACAAACUAUACUUGAAUCGAGCUGGGUAUCUUCGCGACAGUACUGGGAAUCUUCAGCAUACUACGGCCUUCGCGAUUCACCACUGCGGGACGAGCUUUGCAGCCUAGGACUUUCACUUCACUCGGACAUCAAGGUGCUUCUUUCACCAUGGGAGGAGGACAGCAGCUUCCUCACAGAAAUGUGACGACGCAUAAUCAACCCGUCACAGAGCCAGAAUGGAACAAAGAUCUUUGGGGUCUCGUCGAUAUGGGCAGUAACGGCAUCCGACUCUCCAUAACCGACCAAUCUGCACCAACUACCCGCGUCUUGCCUACAGUCUACGCUUACCGCAACAAAAUCUCCCUCUACGAAGCUCAAUACGAUGAGAAUGGCACCAAAAUUCCCAUCUCAAAGGAAGUGCAGGAUGAUGUGAUUUCUAUGCUUCUCAGGUUUCAAAUAUUCUGUGCGGAUUUCAGGGUUCCGCCGGAGCAGAUUGAGAUUGUGGCGACCGAGGCUACUAGAGCUGCUAUUAACUCUGCAGAGUUCUGUGAUAAGAUUAGAGAGGAGACGGGGUUGAAGAUGAGGUUGUUGAGCAAAGAGGAUGAGGGUAGGAUUGGUGCUUACGGAGUUGCGAGUUCGUUUUCUUCCGUGAGAGGUCUGGUUAUGGAUAUGGGUGGCGGUAGCACUCAGAUUACCUGGAUGAUUGCCAAGGGAGGAGAGACGCAGAUUUCUCCUGUCAGUGCUGUUAGUUUCCCGUAUGGAGCUGCUGCUUUGACUAGACGAUUGGAGGAUUUGAAGAAGGGCAAGAGUAAGCAUCAGGCUCAUGAGGCGAGAGAAGAGUUCCGCGCGCAGGUCAAGACGCAGUUCCAGGAGGCGUACAGCAAGAUACAGGUUCCGGAUGAACUUGUCGAGGACGCGAAGAAGAAUGGCGGAUUCAGGCUCUACCUCACUGGCGGUGGUUUCCGCGGUUGGGGAUAUCUCUUGCUUCACCAUGAGCAAGUAGCAGGAGGCGGCUAUCCCUUCUCCAUCAUCAACGGCUUCACGGCACAAAAGGAUGAGUUCGAAGACACCGAAAAGAUGAAGGAGAUUGCCAGAGAGGCCAAGGAAAUCUUCCGCGUCUCUGAUCGUCGUCGCGGUCAAGUCCCUGCCGUCUCCUUCCUCGUCAGUAUCCUGGCUACAGCGAUUCCACACGGCAUCCGCGAAGCCCACUUCUGUCAAGGCGGUGUCCGCGAAGGUGUCCUCUACAACCGUCUUCCCUCGGAGAUUCGCGCCCAAGACCCCCUGGAAGUAGCGACUCGCGACAUGGCCAAGCCCAUCUCUCCGAAACUGGCAGCACUGGUCACCCAAUCUCUUCCUGCUGCUGCACACGGACAUCCAAGGGUACCAGAGUCGAUUGAUGUUCACAUGAUUAGAGCAUUCGCCAACAUGUUUUACUUCCACGCAAACAUGAAUAAAGAGGUGAGUUCGACAUCGGCGCUUUACAGUACAGGAACAGGCAUCCUGUGCUCGACACAUGGAUCUUCGCAUGCAGAUAGGGCGCUGCUGGCUCUUAUGCUAGAAGCACGCUAUGAAGGCGAAUUAGCCCCUCGCGAGAUUGACUACCGCAACCAACUCAUCCGCCUGGUUUCAAACGAGGAAGCAUGGUGGACACAAUACAUCGGUGUCAUUGGUCUUAUCCUGUCCCGCGCUUUCCCGGCUGGAGUAGUCCAAGAUGACCUUUACGACCUCCACACUCGCACAAUUCUCAAGAAGCCAGAGAUCCGCAUCUCGUCUGAGUACGUGGAUAACCUUGGAAAGAGAGGUGAUAAGGAAGGAUUGAUGGUUACAUUUACUCUGGUGUGGGCGACGGAGAAUAGAGAUGAUCCUAUGGAGGUCAAGGAGACUUUGGAGAGACACAUCAAGGACCUCAUCAAGGUUGGGAGGAAGAAGCAUGCGAUCAACGGAUGGAGGAUCAAGGUUGGGGCGCAAGUCAAGGAUGAUUAUCCUAAUGAUGUAUGAUGAGUUGAAGUCAACACGACAUGGGAACUUUGGCGUUCAGGAUGUAAUUUAUACAAACCAAUAAAUACAUCAGCUUGCAUUUACGCGAAGGAUGAAGUCUACAAGCCAUAGCAGACCGC